CCCGCUCGAUUACUCCCGCCGCCAAGCCAAUAUCUCCGCGACGACCUCCGCGAUCCUGAUCCGAUAACUAACGGCGCCAGGCAAUUCCAUAGACUCUCCCUCCUUCACAUACUCAAACCCGUCGCGGGCCCGAAUAUUGGACUUGAAGAGAAUAGACUAGACUAGGCCGGCCCAGUCCAGUCCCCUCUGCAUAGUCCAUCCAUUCUUCCACCUCCCACCGUCUAAGACACCUCAUUCCAGCACAAGUUCCAGCGAAUAUGGCAAACGGGUGGAGUCUCCUAAUCGGCCUCAUCGUCGUCGUGGGUGCCGCUGUUGCGGCUUGGGUGUUUAGCCCAAAGGGUGAUAACCAGACACUCUGGCGAAGCACGCUCAUUCUCUCGAUUGUGAGUUGUUAUUUGAUGUGGGCCAUUACGUUCCUGGCGCAGUGGCAUCCCCUUAUUGCGCCGAAGAGGGCGGAUAUUCGACCCGACCGCGUACCGCAGUAGUGUUGUUUUUUUUAUUGGGGUUGGAUGAUGGAAUUUGUUGGGAAUUAGCUGAAAUAGUUAUGGCGAAACUAGAUUAAGAGAUGACUUUUGCGUCAAGGUGUCUACUCCGCAUAGAAGUAACUAAGGAUGGGUGGUGUCUGCAUAUUCCAACACAGGACGAUAUUUAUGUAUAGUUAUUUUCUACUGGUCGAUUAAUCUAUAUCCAUUGGCAUUGC